GCUGCCCCACACGCGCAGAAGGUUGCGGGGCAGCCCCACACGUUAAGUAUGGCCCUCUCCAAGGAGCAGAUGCAGGUCAUCGCGCGCAACGCGACGCUGCGAGGCAAGACCCCAGAUACGAGUAGAAGGAGCACGCCCAAGAACUCCAGACCGAACAGCGCCGCGUCUACGGGUAGGAGAGUCAUGGAGACGACGCGACGGCCGACGACGCAAGAAUAUGCUGGUUUGACAGCACGACCCAAGGACGACGAAGUAGUACUAGUCUGCCCCGAGAACACGGUGCCCGGCGAAGCGCUCUUCUUCCGCGACGGUGGAUUGAAAUGCAAGACCAAGGUCCCGCCAAACGUGCGACCCGGGCAAAGGUUCAAGGUCCGAAAGUCCGAAUGCUCCGUCAACGGCCAGCCCGCCAAGAGACCGCCGCGACCGUCGCGGGCCCAGUCGGCGCCGUCGCGACGAGACCCGAAGCCCAAAGCCUUCCAAGCGCCCCUCAAUUUCCCGGAAAAGAAGCCUCCGGCCGACCCCUACAGUGACAUGGACAAGAAGGACCCGUACCGAGAUCCCUUCGUGCGCGACCUGCCGAACGUGACCUGGAAGGACAAGCAGCUCAUCGAAGAGUACAAGAAGCGGCGCGAUGCGGGUCUGGUUACUGAUGAGGCGUAUUGGCAGGAGCAGGGCUUUAAAGCGGUGGGCGACCCCUCGAAGAUCUCGGAAAAGAAGAAGAAGGACUACGGCUUCGGCGCGCCGAAGUGGAGUCCCUACUACCGUAGUAAUCAAACGAAGGAGCAGAUCGAAGCCAUUGCUGCUGCGCCUGUGGAGUCGGCUCUCGGCGACCAGGAGUGGUGGGAGCAGUUUGGGUUUAAGGGGGCCGUUUCGGAGGAGAAGAAGCGGGACUACGGGAAUGGGGUGCCGGGCUGGUCUCCUUAUAGUCGCGUUCGAUCAGGUGGCCCGUUGGUUCGAACCGGUCUCCCGGCGGACGCGUACUGGUUCAGCCAGUUCGGCUUCAAGAUGGGCCAGGUCUCGGAGGAGAAGAAGCGCGACUACGGCUUCGGCAUCCCCUUCUGGUCGCCGUACAACCGUCCUAAAGGUGGACAACGCGCGGCGUCGGCGCCCCCCACGCGCUCGUAGUCGUCACAAGGACGACGGCACGCGUAAGUCACAAGGACAAGAACAUUAGCUAAACAAAGGGGUCGCGUCUACGGCGUGGAGCGGGGUCGCCCACGCGUGCAAUCGCGUCGACGGCGCGGACCAACGUCGCC